ACUAAUAGUAUCUAUAUUUUAUCUCGGUAUUAGUGUUGAAAUUAUUUAUUUAAUUGUCACAAAUAUUUAUUUUACCCAUCGUGUAUCAAAUUUAUACGGAUAGUUGUUUGAAUGAAAUUCGCUUACAGGAUAUUUUAUUAUUUUAUACUUAAAUGACUACUCGAAGAAGAAGAGGAAAUUCUGAUUCAGACCAAGCUUCUUAUUCUUCUAGUUAUUUAACUCAAGAAUCAACGGUUGAAAGAAAGAUUAAUAAAAUAAUGCCACGAGAUCGUACUGCCGAAUUUAACAGUGCAGUCAGAUCUUUGCAAGGCCGACAAAUUGCAAAAGCUGUUCAAGAUAGAGAUGUAAAAAAAGUCAAAGCUCUCCAAAGCUAUGGAGAAUUUAUGAUGGUAGCCAAAAGUGUUGGCUAUAAUAUUAGUAACACUUAUGCUAAAUUAGAGAAAUUGACAUUACUUGCAAAACGUAAAUCAUUAUUUAAUGAUAAACCACAAGAAAUUCAAGAAUUAACUUACAUAAUCAAAGAAGAUUUGAAUAGUUUAAACCAACAAAUCGCAAAAUUACAAGAAGUUGCAAAAUUACAAAAAGCUACUCAGAAUAAUGUUGGACGGAAACAUUUAUUGUCACAUGAAUCGACUGUUGUAUUAUCAUUACAAUCAAAGUUAGCUAAUAUAUCAAAUGAAUUUAAACAAGUUCUUGAAAUAAGGACUAAGAACUUAAAACAUGCAAAAUCGAGAAGAGAUCAAUUUUCUCCAGACAAUAAUUUGGUUACAUUAUCUGAUUCAUCAGCAUUAGUACCUAGACACAAUUCUAUUUUAAUGUCAAGUAAUCAAUGUGCAAUUAAUAUGGAUAAUAAUGACAAUCAAGAUCGUUUACAAGUAACUCAACAAACACAAGCAAUGGCAGUUUAUGAUAAUACGGAUCAAUAUUUAUAUAGUAGAGCGGAAACCAUGCAAAAUAUUGAAUCAACUAUUGUAGAAUUAGGUGGAAUAUUUCAACAACUGGCGCAUAUGGUCAAAGAACAAGAAGAAAUGGUUGAGAGAAUUGAUACCAAUGUUCAAGAUGCUGAAUUAAGUAUUGAAGCAGCUCACAGCCAAAUUUUACGCUACUUCCAAUCUGUGACUUCAAAUCGUUGGUUAAUGAUAAAAAUAUUUGGUAUUUUAAUAUUUUUUUUUAUUUUUUUUGUUGUAUUUCUUUCUUAA